UUGUAACCACGCGACCGAUGAUGAGCGCGCUCUCAAAAGUUUGGUAAACGACCACCACGCGCUGCCUCACUGCACUCCAGUCUGGUUCCAGUCGCCAGAAGAACGCGCAGUUUUAAUCAUUAGUCUACAAACAAAAUGCCGUCAAAAAAACCUCAAAGUUUACUCCGGGAGGCGUCACACCAGAUCAUUGCUGGCGGAUCGGCAGGUCUAUUGGAAAUCUGCCUCAUGCACCCUUUAGAUGUGGUGAAGACCAGAUUUCAGAUCCAAAGAGGAACCAGUGACCCACACAGCUACAAGAGCUUGGCUGACUGUUUCAGAACCAUAUUCCGCAAUGAAGGACUAUAUGGGUUCUACAAGGGAAUCCUACCACCAAUUCUUGCUGAGACACCAAAGAGAGCAGUUAAGUUCUUCACCUUUGAACAGUACAAGAAGCUUCUUGGUUUCACUCCUCUGUCCCCUGGUCUGGCGUUGUCAGCUGCUGGACUUGGGUCAGGUCUGACUGAGGCUGUGGUGGUCAAUCCCUUUGAGGUGGUCAAGGUCAGCCUCCAGGCUAACAGAGAUUCCUUCAAAGCGCAACCUUCCACCUUUGCACAAGCACGCUACAUCUUAAAUACAGAGGGCUUUGGGCUCAGGGGAUUGAACAAGGGUCUGACAUCCACGUUAGGACGUCACGGCGUGUUCAAUAUGAUCUACUUCGGCUUCUACUUCAACGUUAAGGAUGCCAUCCCUGCCAGCCAGGACUGUACCCUGGAAUUCCUUCGAAAGUUUGCAAUUGGCCUGGCCUCAGGGACCAUUUCAUCCUGCGUGAACAUCCCCUUCGAUGUUGCCAAGAGUCGUAUCCAGGGCCCCCAGCCUGUGCCAGGGGAGAUCAAAUACCACAGCUGCUUUCAGACCAUUAUUUUAGUGUACAAGGAAGAAGGAUAUUUGGCAUUGUACAAAGGUCUGGUUCCCAAGAUAAUGAGGCUCGGACCAGGUGGGGCAGUGAUGCUUCUAGUGUACGAGUAUGUCUCUGGUUGGCUCCAGAGGAACUGGUGAAGAGCGGUCCGACCUUCCUGAAUCUUCUUCAAAGGCAGACCUAGCCCACUGACCUUCACAGACCACUGCCAACCCCUGCCACCUUUAUGGAGGGGAGAGUGUCUACAGCGGGUUUUCUUGGAAUUUCAGCAGUCGUGGCUGCACUGAUGGAUUUUUUUUUGUCGAUCUAAAUUGGAUUUCAAAUGAAAUCAAGUAUGAGACAAACACACCCAAAUCAUUCUUUUUUUUUUUUUCUUUUUAAUUGAGGAACCAUGCUACAUUUAUGAACACUAUG